UGAUUGUGUCAAAGGCAUAAACUUGAAAGCUGUUUCCCGAAAAAUACUCUUGCUCUUUUUGGAUCCCCUUAGCGAAUUCCACAAGGGAAGGAGUGCAUCCCCGUAACUCAAUUCGCUGCAGUGUCGUACUAUCUACAAAUUCUUGAGGAAUCUCUUGUAAGGAACAACACUUUCUGAUAAUUAUGGUUCCCAGAAGUGGGAAAGAAUCAUCGGUGGACUUCCAAUAUUUAAGAUCCCUGUUCUCUAGGAGCAAGAAUUUCAAUUUAGGAAAUCCCUCUUCUGAUACUUCCCAGACAUUUUCCCCUACAUGCUCCCAACCAAAGGAGCAAUUAACCUUCAAUUUGAGCACCUCGAGUUUGGGCAACUUGCUAAUGAUUGUCAUGGCCUUCCACGGUUGAUAAGCUCCUUGAAGUGUCAGCUUCUUGAGAUUCAGUGGAAAAGAACCCGGACAUGGAACUGGAAGCUCAUGAUGCCAAUAUAUUACGAUUUUUAGUGCCUCUAGCUCCUGUAAAUCUAUAAUAUUAUCUAGGGAUUUGGGACAAAAGUCAUCAAUUGUGCCACAAAUUCCCAAUUUUUCCACUUUUUUAAUCCCUUUAAACACUUGUUUUGUGCAACAAUCAGGACGCAACCCACAAACACUUUGCUCGGCUCUUCCUUUGUCAGUGCUACACUUGUACUCCAUUUUGUAAAGCUUAUUUCAAGAUCUUCAAUUGGGACAUUCAAGACCAUUUGAACGAUUCCAUUCAAGAGUUAUCAUUGACGCCAUGGCUAAAUCCAAAGCAGAUGAGAAGAUUCUCAGCUACAACGAUGUCGUUCUCAGGCGAUCAGAUUUGGACAUUCUCAAUGGUCCUAAUUAUCUCAAUGACCGCAUCAUUGAGUUCUAUUUUAGCUAUCUCAGCUCACUCUUUCCAUCUGACGACAUAUUACUGGUAUCACCUUCUAUUGCUUUCUGGAUUAAAGAGUGUCCUGAUCCUGCAAGCCUGAAGGAUUUUAUAGAACCACUUCAUCUUUCUCGAAGGAAGUUGAUUCUCUUACCUGUCAACGAUAAUUCUGACGUGUGCAUGGCUGAAGGUGGGAGUCAUUGGAGCUUACUGGCUUUUGAUAGAAACUCCAAUGUAUUUGUACAUCAUGACAGCAGCUCCGGGUGCAUGAAUGAGUAUCAUUCCAAACAGGUUUACAAGGUUACUCUUCCUUAUACAGCAUCCAACGGCACUUAUAGAGAGUGUCCGGACACGCCAAAGCAAGUCAACGGUUAUGAUUGUGGCGUGUAUGUCUUAGCUAUUGCGCGAGUCAUCUGUCAGUGGUUUGCAAGCAGUGGAACCCAAGAUGCAAAUGCUUUAUGGUUCUCCCAUUUGGAACAGCUCAGUCCAAGUGCUGUUACUGAGAUGCGUAAUGGGAUUCUGGGGUUAAUAAAAGGUCUGAUGGCUGCACCCAAGAGUGUGGCAUAGUGGAUGAAAAUCAGGGAACGAGGUUACAAUUCCAGCAGAGACCAAAAAAACUAGGUGAGGUUUAAAUUUCCAGCAGAGAGCAGUGUGACGCUUGACGCCCAACAUAAUAUUAUCGAGUCGGCCCCAACCAGCAGUACAUUAAUACCAGCAGUGCAGCAGCCUCGUCGAAGCACAAAUUCGGCUAUGAUCGCCAGUAGCUAAUUUCCUUCUCUUUGCUUAUAUUUUUUUCUUUUUGCAGCUUUUAUUUGUGUGGAUGUACAAGAAAAUGACUAACGUUUUUACUCUUGUUUUUACUUAAACCAGAUGAUUUCCCAGAGCAGAAUGUGAAAAUAUAGUCGCCACACUAUGGACUAGUUUGAUCA